AUGCAUUUGAUGUACACUUUGGACAACGAGGGGAAGAGAAUCUACACUCUGAAGAAGGCGACCGCGGACGGUGAAAUCACCAAGUCUGCGCAUCCAGCGAGGUUCUCCCCCGAUGACAAGUACUCCAGACAGAGAGUCACUCUGAAGAAGAGAUUCGGGAUGCUGCCAUAG